ACGGGCUACAGAAGAAACCGUGAGGAAGGAGAAAUGGCUGCAAGGUUACUGUUCCGCUCGGCGUUUAGAGCUGCCACAACAUGCAGAUCUGCCCGGGUACCCGUUAUGAGCCGCACUAUGGCCGCUGGAGGAAUUCCCCAUGACGAGGAGCAGGCCACUGGUCUUGAGAAGGUUAUCAUGAAGGCCAUGGAAAAAGGAACAGAUCCUUACAACAUGAUGAAGCCAAAGGAAUAUGCCGGCUCUAAGGCUGACCCUCAUCUUGUUCCUUCUAUCAGUAACAAGAGGAUUGUCGGCUGUGUCUGUGAUGAAGACAACACAGCAGUGAUUUGGUUCUGGCUUCAUGAAGGCGAGCCACAGCGCUGCCCUUCAUGUGGUGCUCACUACAAACUGGUUCCACAUGAGCUCCCACAUUAAUAUGUAUAUUUACUCAUACUUAUUUUAAUUCUCUGCUACAUGUAUGGGCCACACAGCGUCUAUAUUCCACUGGGACAAGAUGAAAGUAUCGGACAGUUGGAGCUCUAGCACCAUGAAAUGCUUUCAAUACAUUUUAGUUUAAGUCGUCAAGUGUAUAGUUAAAUCCUGUUCUGUUGCAGUACUUGAAUAUUCUAACCUCAUUUUUUCCUUUACCUCAUCACUCUUUUUAGUGUCAAGAGGGAACAUUAUUGGCUGUGGGGCACAACUUUUAAACUAUUUUAUCAACCGUUUACCAUGUUACCGUACUACUUGAACCAACAAAAUUAAAAUGUAUGAUAAA